CAUGUGUUGUGUUUACAAUUAGAAGGUCAAGGUAAAGUCAUCUACGUCUACAAAAACAACUUACAAGAGCAAAUAUUUGGUGGAAAACAAGACUGUAAAGUGUUGUAUUAAAUAAUCUCAGUUAAAAAUAAGAGAAUGGAACCUCAAGUGAAACGUUUAAAGACUUGGCAUGCAGUACCAAUGUCAGAAAUGGCUAGUAACACAUUUAAUCCAAUCAGAAGUAUUGUGGAUGGAAUGAAAAUAACACCCAAUCCAAAGAAGCCAAUGAUUGCAUUAUCAAUAGGUGAUCCAACAGUAUUUGGGAAUUUGCCUAUUCCAGAAGAAAUAGACGAGGCUGUGAUUGAUAAAAUCAGAUCACACAAAUACAAUGGUUACAAUCCAUCUAUAGGGUAUGAAGAAGCUAGACAAGCUGUAGCCGAUUACACAUCUACACAUGAUGCCCCAGUUACAUCUAAGGAUGUAAUACUGACCAACGGUUGUUCCAGUGCUUUAGACUUGUGUAUAACAGUUCUUGCUAGUCGUGGACAGAAUAUUCUGAUACCAAGGCCUGGAUUUUCUAUCUACAAAACUCUUGGAGAAUCUCUUGGUAUCCAAGUCAGAUUCUAUGAUCUGUUGCCUGAAAAGUCCUGGGAAGUGGACCUCAAACACAUGGAAUCUCAGAUGGAUGAGAAUACAGCAGCAGUCAUUGUUAACAGUCCAUCCAAUCCAUGUGGUUCUGUAUACAGCAGACGACAUAUAGAGGAGAUAUUAGAAGUUCUAGAGAGAAACAGAAUACCUAUGAUUGCUGAUGAAAUCUAUGAACAUUUUGUAUUUUCUGAGAACAAGUACCAUUCCAUGGCAUCAGUAUCAAAAACAGUGCCUAUUUUAUCCUGUAGUGGUCUGACUAAAAGAUUCCUUGUCCCAGGAUGGAGAAUGGGUUGGAUUGUUGUACAUGACAGAUCUAAUGCUUUUCAUGAGAUCAGAAAAGGACUGAAUUCGUUGUCACAGAGAAUUUUAGGUCCUAACUCGUUGGUUCAGUCUGCACUGAAAGAUAUCCUGAAAAACACUCCACAGAGUUUUUACGCAGAAACCCUGGAAUAUAUAGAAGAUAAUGCCAAACUAUUCUACAAACUUAUAUCAGAGAUACCUGGAUUAAAACCAGUCAAACCUCAAGGAGCAAUGUAUAUGAUGGUUGGAAUUGAUACAGAAAAUUUUCAAAAUAUAAAAGAUGAUGUGGAUUUUACAGAAAAACUUGUUUCUGAACAGAGUGUGUUCUGUUUACCAGCCAAAUGUUUCCAGUAUCCAAACUUUUUCCGUAUAGUGUUAACUAUACCGAAAGAAAAAGUUGAAACAGCUUGUGAAAGGAUUAAAGAGUUCUGUGACCAACACUAUAAUGGUGACAGCCGAUCCUAUAUUUCCCGUUGAUCAUCGACUGUGAUAAUACUGUGAUAAAGUUGUAUUUUAUUAAAUCAAAGGACUACUUUGAUUGGUAUGGUACCAUGAUGCAGAGUGCAGCUAACUUUUAUAAUUGACAGUAUUUUGCAUUUUCAUGACACAGGAAUGUGUUUUAAUAUUGAUAUUUCACCAAUUUUUUAUUUAUAUUCUUGUUGAUUAUACAUAUAUUUGGACAUUUUCUAAUGAUAAAUUGUGUUCGAAUAUCCAUUAUUUCUUGAAUUAAAUAGUUUGUCACUGACACCAGUGAUUCUUGAAUGCCUAACUCACUUUUGCUACCAUUUCAUAAAAAUCAUCUCCGUAAUAUUUCAGCAUAUAAUUACCAAUGAACUGAAUUAGCCAUUGAGAAAUUUUGCUUGAUUUUGCGUUACUUAUGUCCCCAUCAUGAUGCAGUAAUUCAUUUACAUGGGUCAUAUAAAAGAUUAAAAUAAAGUUUUGCAAUAAAAAGUAAUUCAGCGUGGUUUAAACAAUUAAGCCAUAAUUUAUCAAAUUUAUUAAGUAAGCUUUGUUCAUGCAAAGAAUAAUUUAGAUGUCCUCAAUAGGCAGUGAUUGCUAUAGAUAGGUGACUGCUAAGGCAGGUUUGCAACAAUUGCACUGCCUUUGUAAGAAAUUUACCAAACAGCAUCAGAUGCAUGAAUCUAGUCAUAUGAUAUAUAUACAGUUUUUUAUGAAUUUUAAAAAGAAUAUGACCAGUCAUGAAUUUAUUUAAGAGAUUUUUUUUUAUAGCUUUACUUCUUAUUAGUAUUUGCUCAUAAUAUCCGGUUAUUUCAUCUUAAUGUAUAAACAGUUAAUAAUUAGAGUAAAAUGGUACUUGUUUGUUUACUUUUCAUUGUGCCAAGAAUGUAUUUUAAAAUUAUUGUACAUAUUAAUUGUUAUUAUUUAUCUCCGGUUUUCUGUUUUGAUAUUUCAGCAGCUAUUUAAAUAUCUCGUUCAGCUAGGUAACUUACACAUUGUUUUAUAUUAGCAUAUUGACCAACUCUCUGGUUGUUGAAUCUCGUAAAGUGAAAAAAUCAAUCUGAUUAAUAUAAAGAUCCUGUGGCCAAGCUUCGUUUACAAGAAUCUGUCAAACACCCUAUUCUACUUUCUGUUCUGGUAAUAGUUACACCAAUGAAAUUUCAGUCUUCAAAUUUUUGAAGGUGUGUAUCAUUACGACAAAACAAGAAAAUUAUGAAGGAUCUCUAAAACAGAGAGUAGAAUGGAGCUUUGUAAGAUCCUUGUAAUUAGUGAAGCUUUGUAAGAUCCUUGUAAUUAGUGAAGCUUGGACACAGGAUCUGUAUUUUAAUAAGAUUGUUAAAACAUCACUGUAUGACCAAAGUUUUUAGGAUUGUUUGUUUUUAUUUUUACUUAUUUUUACUUUCUUUGUUAUUAUUUACUUUUGUUUUGAGAUAUUUCUUGUACAUGUAUAUAUAUCUAUUUGAAACAUUCACAUGUAUAUAUUCCUAUUUGAAACAUUUCACAUGAUUUUUUUUCCAUUUGGGAAAUUAUGUAUGUAUAUAUGUAUACAAUAGAUAAAGAUAUGUAUUCAUGCAUUUAUACAACCUAUCGAUACUAAAUUCAGUUGAUGUACAUGGUCAAUUUGAAGAAAUAAUUUUUUCUUCUGUAUGUGAAUUAACUGAGUGUUUUUAAAUAUGCUUAUUGCACUGUUGAUACAGAAUGUGAUCUAGAUUUUACCAUGUAUAAUCAAUUAUUAAUAUAUGCAAAUAAUUGAAAAAUAAUAAUAAAUUAGAAUGCCUUCCAAUCGGAUAAAGGGUAUAUACAACCAAAUGUAUUGGAUAAAGACUAUGUGAUACAAUUUUUGAUGAGCAGCUGCAUCUAAAUUAGAUAUUCAAGAGACUAGUUAUUCAGGGUUAUAUCUUAAUGGUUGCAUAAAGGACAAUCUAUAAUCUUAAUAUAAUGUACAGACAAAAUUAUUUUUAAUUCUUAAUGUUAUUGUCUUGAAUCAUGUACCGGUAAGACAAAUAAAAGUUGAGUUUG